AGCUGUCUUUUCCGGUCGUCUUACUACAUAUUAGGAAGUGGGUCAACAGCGGGUUGCAAACGAACCACCAUCUACUUAUCCUCGUCUCAUGCUUUCUAAAACUGCGGGGAAUGCGCUGAGGUCUCCUGCAAAACAGAUAUUUCGUUUUCGAGGAUGUAUUCACGAAAAUGUUCCACUUCACCAUCCACUUCCGAGAGGUGCUUCCAGGACGGCAGUCACUCAAGCUGGCCCCAUCGCCCAUUCCAUGAUACCUGCAUCGCAAGAAGAUAAGACUCUUGUGACCCUUUUCGACAAUCCCACUAGCGCGCUUUCUCUCACCAAUUUUCACCAUACCGGUUUAUUUGGCCAUCCAUCAUUGACCCAUCCGCGUGCUCUUAUAUCCCUCGCGAACGGUACCCUCGUUCGCGCCCAAGCUCUUACAGAUCGAAUAUUGCGUGCCCCGCAAUCCCGGGAAGAGCUGUUCAAGGUUGUCAAAAACUUGGACAGACUCAGUGAUCUCCUCUGCGGUGUCAUUGACCUCGCAGAGCUUAUUCGCAACUCACAUCCGGAUCGACAAUGGGUGGAAGCUGCCAAUCAUGCCUACGAGAUAUUGUGCGAGUUUAUGAAUAUUUUGAAUACCCAUGUGGGGCUUUAUGAGGUCCUCAAAGUGGUGUUUACUGAUCCCGACAUCGUAAAAACUCUAGGGCCUGAAGCCUAUCAGACCGCACUCAUCUUUUGGAAAGAUUUUGAAAAGUCAGCGAUUGAUCUUCCCCCAGCUCAGAGGGAACAGUUCGUGCGGUUGUCCUCCGAAAUCAUUGUGUUAGGCCGUCAUUUCCUCAGAGAAGCUGCGACACCCAGACCACCUAUUUCUAUUAAACCCUCCGACCUCAAUGGGUUAAAGGACAAAGGGUUGGGAGUGAGGCUACAACUUCAAGCACGGUUCACUCAGCGAGAUCUUUCGGUUUAUCCGGGUUCGUUACAGGCCCAAAUGAUUAUGCGCUCGGCACCUCAGGAAGAGACACGACGAAAAGUCUACAUUGGAUCCUAUUCUAGUACAAGGGAGCAGAUAGAGAUAUUAGAGGAUCUGUUGAGAAAACGUGCUGAAUUGGCACGUUUGGUGGGAAGUGAAAGUUUUUCUCAUAUGUCACUUGACGAUAAGAUGGCCAGAACACCUGAGAACGUUCAGACUUUCUUGAACGCACUGAUGGACCACACACGCCCUGCAGCCAAGGGCGCCUUGCACACACUGAGCGUACGGAAACAGGCACAUCUCAAACUACCUUCUGCACCAAUAAUUCACGCAUGGGACCGUGACUUUUACUGUCCACCUGAACCUCCGUCCCCACCGAUACCUCUUCCGCCAUUGACAGUCGGCACAGUGUUCAUGGCACUUUCGCGCCUUUUCAAACAUAUGUACGGAAUUUCUUUGCGCCCGGUACAUCCAGAACCAGGCGAAGUCUGGCAUAGUGAUGUGCACAAGUUGGAAGUGGUCGAUGAAGAGAAGGGUAUUAUAGGUUGGAUAUUCGCGGAUUUAUUUGCACGUAGAGGGAAGGCGGGUGGUGCUGCUCAUUAUACCGUCCGAUGCUCGAGGAAGACCGAUGAUGAUGAUGAACGGAACGAUGGGGAUUUAGGGGAAGAGGUACAACAAUCGUUGGAGUUUGAGGCCGUGAAGAGGCACAAGUUACCUGGUCAAGAGGGGGUUUAUCAAUUGCCGCUGGUAGUGCUAUUGUGUGAAUUUGCGCCGCCAUCUGCCUCGAGGGGACCCACGGUUUUGGAGUGGCAUGAAGUGAAUACUUUAUUUCAUGAAAUGGGACACGCAAUGCAUUCGAUGAUUGGCCGGACUGACUACCAAAAUGUCUCUGGCACGCGUUGUGCCACGGAUUUUGUAGAACUUCCCUCAAUCCUGAUGGAACAUUUUCUCAACUCACCAACCGUGCUCUCACUCUUUUCCCCGGAUUCAACUGGUGCUACAGUCCCUCAAACGGGGAACCAUCAUGUCGAUCCCUGUCAUUCGAUUGACACAUAUCAACAAUUCCUACUGGCAGCCCUUGAUCAGCUCUAUCACUCGUCACUCCCUCUAUCGUCGGACUUUUCCUCCACAGCCAUCCAUGCUGACCUUAUUAAUUCCUCUGGUCUGAUUCCCUACGUCAAAGGUACUUCAUACCAAACACAGUUCGGACAUCUCUUUGGAUACGGUGCAACAUAUUAUUCGUAUUUACUAGGGCGGGCUAUUGCCUCGAGAGUUUGGAGUAACGUGUUCAGUAGAGACCCCUUGGACAGGGAGGUUGGGGAGAAGUAUAAGAGAGAGGUUUUGCGAUAUGGUGGUGGGAAGGACCCAUGGACCAUGGUGGCACGGUUGCUGGGAUUGCCAGAGUUGGAGAACGGGGAUGCGGAGGCAAUGGGGAUUGUUGGGAGAUGGAGACUCGAGGACGAGGUUGGGGUACCUGGCAGACAUUGAAACGCACUUGCGUUCUAGACGACCAGAGGUGUGGUCAUUUGUAUCAGGAUGUUGAGUACUCCUGCCACAAAGGCAUUCUUUGGUGUCAUAUUGUAGUCAUGCUAGAUUUUUAAUAUCGCUUUCAAGCUCACUUUGGUCAACUCCAAUA